CCACACCCAAACACCAAAACCAGUCGAUCAAACAAACCACCUUUCCUUAAAUUUCCCGAAUUUAGAGUUUGUGCUUUGGGUGUUGCCUCAAUUGUUUUCCACAUUUAUUUAAGGGGGCAUCUCUUCCCGCACCAGUUUCAGACCCGAAUCUCCCUUCUGGGUCUCCCCAAAAUCUGUCGAGUCCUUUGAUGGGUUUUGGGGGCCAAUUUAAAUGGGUUGCAUCAGCUCCAAACAUGUUGCCAACUCCCCUCUUCCUCAUUCUUCCCUAACCCUUGCUCAUUCCUCUAAAAACAAUCAUGCUUCACCCGAAAAGAUCAAAGACGAAACCCAUGAUUAUGAUGAUAAUGUCAUCAGUAACCACGAGGAUUCCGCCGACGAUGAUGUUCAUUCCAACAACAAGCACUCCAAAAAGCCUUCGUUUACGUUUAGCUUACGAUUUGGAAGGUCCACUGUAGCGGAACAUGUUGCCGCUGGUUGGCCCGCCUGGCUUAGUGCCGUCGCGGGUGAAGCCAUUGAUGGCUGGAUUCCUCUAAAAUCCGAUACCUUCGAGAGGUUCGAAAAGAUUGGACAAGGAACAUACAGCAAUGUGUACCGUGCACGCGAUCAUAAAACCGGUAAAAUGAUGGCCUUGAAAAAAGUGCGAUUCGACAAUUUCCAGCCAGAAAGUGUGAGAUUUAUGGCUCGUGAAAUCACAAUUCUUCGCAAGCUUGAUCAUCCAAACGUCAUGAAACUGGAGGGCAUAAUUACGUCGCGGUUAUCAUCCAACAUUUACCUUGUUUUCGAGUACAUGGAACAUGAUCUUGCAGGCCUCAUAUCAUCCCCUAACAUCAGGUUCAAUGACUCCCAGAUCAAAUGCUACAUUCGGCAGUUGUUGAAAGGAGUUGAGCACUUUCACUCACGAGGAAUUCUUCAUCGAGACAUCAAAACAUCAAACAUUUUGGUGAAUAACGAGGGUCAAUUAAAGAUAGGCGAUUUUGGUCUGGCAAAUUUUGUGUCCAGUAGACAACCAUUGACUAGCCGUGUUGUAACAUUAUGGUAUCGUCCUCCUGAGCUUUUCUUAGGUUCCACAACCUAUGGAACAUAUGUCGAUAUGUGGAGUGUGGGUUGUGUUUUUGCUGAACUUUUCAUCGGUAGACCGAUUCUCAAGGGAAGAACAGAAGUUGAACAAUUGCACAAAAUAUUCAUGCUUUGCGGCACACCAUCAAACGAGUAUUGGAGUAACCCAACACUUCCUCUUGCAAAAAUGUCGAAACCCCGACAUGCAUACCAGAGCUCUCUUCGUGAAAGGUGUAGAGAACUCCCAAAAUCUGCUGUUAAUUUACUCGACAAUCUUCUUUCUGUAGAACCUGAGAAACGUGCGAGUGCAACAUCUGCUCUUCAAUCCGAGUAUUUCUAUACGAAACCUUAUGCUUGUGAUCCUGCAAGCUUGCCCCAGUACCCGCCCAGCAAGGAGAUCGAUGCAAAACUUCGUGAAGAUGCACACAGAAACAAACCUGAUGGCAGACUUCGGGCAUCUUUGACUUCAAGGAAUCUGAGAAAAGGCCGAAGAACUUUGCUGGAACAAACAGAGGCACGCCGGAGUGCUUAUUUUCAUGGACCUGGAUUAGCUGACAGUAAUGACACAUCAUCGGAUAUUUCCCGAACCACAGAUGUAUCUCAAGCUGACACCGUUUGCACGCUGCCAGUAUUGGCGACUACAUCGGAUGGGACCCUCGGGUGGUCAACAAAACGACGAAAACACGUCAGUUUUGUGACCCCAACAAGUCAAGAUGUACGGUCAAUAGAGCCGAUUCUUGAGCAAAAUACAACAAGUGAUCAAGAUUUACCAUCUGUUCAUCAUCAAAAAGAAAGGAUACGAUAUUCAGGACCUAUGAGAAUUCAACCACAUAGAAACAAUGUACGGCCAGGUGCUCCUAGAUCACGCUUUUCACGAGAUACAGAAUUAUGAUACAAGUGUGCUUGGAUGAUUGUACUAAAGAAUGAGGAUAGGUAGGUAAAGAAGAGAAGAGAAGAGAAAUGGAAUUGAAGUAACAUGCAUGAUGCAUGGGAGAAAUGCGAAGUGGAAUACAAAGCACAAGUAAAGGCUUCUUUUAAUUUAAGAAGGUUGAUGAAACAUAAAAGCUUGGUGCUGAAAAUUUCACCUCUUGUCAACCCUUGGGUAAUUAUUUUUUGAUUUUAUUUGUA